AUGAAAAAGAUAGAAAAAACAGCAUUUAUUACACAAGAUGGUUUAUGGAAAUUCAACGUGCUUCCACAAGGUAUUAUGAAUGGAUCACCCAUCUUUCAACCAACUAUACACAAUCAUCUUGGUUAUGGACGCUGGGAUUAUGUUAUGGUUUAUUUAGACAAUAUUUUAGUAUUUUCACAUAACUUCAAUGAUCAUAAACAACACUUAAAUGAAAUUUUAUCAAUAUUAGUUAAAGCCAAGUUCCAAGUUAAUCCAGAUAAAUGUUCUAUUGCUGUUCGAGAAAUUGAUUUUCAACAUUCAUUUGUUUUAACAAAUGAUGCAUCUGAAAUUGGAAUCGGUGGAAUUUUACGACAAGAUACGCCAACUGGUACAAAGAUAAAUUAUUAUAAAUCUCGUGUUUUAAAUGAUAUUGAACGUAUAUAUGCUACAUUUGAAAAAGAAGCAUUAGUUAUUUAUUGGUGUAUUACUGAACUUCGAUCAUAUAUAGGUGAUUCUAGUUUGACUGUCGAAACAGAUCAUAAACCACUUGAAAAAUGUCAUACUAAACAACUGAAUAAUAAACGUGUCAUGAAUUGGCUUUUUAAAUUACAAGAUAUUUUACCACAAGUUAUCGCCGUUAAAAAUCGUAAAAGUGCAAACAACACUGCUGCUGAUUAUAUUUCACGGCAUUUCCCUUCGGUUGCAAUUCUCAACAGUGGUUUAUCUACUGUGAGUGAACCAUGUGAUGAUUGGCCGACUAACUCUCAACAUUGGUCCGAAGACACACCUAAGCCACAACAUACACAAAUUACUCAAUCAUCCAUCUCAAGCAACACUUCGAUUCGUAAUACUGCUAUGAACGUGAAGAUCAAUGCCGUUACCACUCGAGCACAAGCAAAACUUUUGGCGCAAGCCCCUCCAUCUCCACAAACAAUAUCGUCCACACCACAUGCAUCUCAAAAUGCCCCUUCUAGUUCACCAUCCUCUAAUCAAUUAUAUGAUUUUAGUUUAUUACGUAUGCGCUCUGAACAGGGACAAGAUCCAGCUGUUCAACAAAUAAUUCAACAAGUUCACAAUAGAACAUGUCAUAAAUCAUUUAUUAUACAACAUGAUAUUCUUUACAAAUUAGUUCGCCGAGGCAAUACAAAUAUAAAACUACUUUAUGCACCGUCGACCGUCAUUCCAGGAUUACUGGCGGCUUAUCAUGAUCAUCAUUUAAGUGGCCAUUUUGAUGUCGAACGUACAUGGCUCGCUUUAAAGAAUACAUAUUUUUGGCCCCACAUGAAAGAACUAGUUACAUCUUAUAUUUAA